UCAUGUCUAUAAAAUUACAUUCACCAUCUGGUUAAGGAAGAACACAUAAAAUAUUAGUAGCAGCUAAAUUGGCUAAUUUGUAAUUGGAAUUUGUUGAUACAUAAUUGAGUGAGAAGAAUUUCUAAGUAUUCUAAAACAAAUUUCCAUUUGGAAAGGUGCCAGUCUUAGAAACAUAAGAGGGUAAUCUUUUUGAAAGCAAUGCUAUUCUUAGACACAUUGCUAGACAUUCAUAAGGUUUAUAUGGGUAUCUAAAUAUAAUUAUAUCUAGAAAAACACUCUAUUAAUAGGGUUUAGUUGAUUAAUGGUUAGAUGUGACAACAAAUGAAUUAGAAACAGAUGUUGUAGCAGCUGCUAUAUAAGUAUUGGGUCAUAUUCCAGUGUUACCUGAAUAAUAUAAGACAUCUUUAGUUUAAAUUAAUCAUACAUUAACUAUUGUAAAUACUUAAUUAGGAAAAUCUAAAUAUAUAACUGGAGAUUCAUUAACAGUUGCUGAUAUAGCAUUGGCAUAAGUUGUUACAUUUGCAUUCACUCUUUUGUUUGGAGAACCAUAAAGAAAUAAAUACUAGAAUGUAUUAAAAUGGUUGAAUGAAAUUAAUUCACUUCCUGAAUGGAAAGCAGUAAUUAUAUUAUUAUAUAUCAAAAAGGAAUUCGGUAGACCAAGAUUCCCAAAGACUUCAUUUAUAGUGAGUGAAGUAACAGAGGAGAAAAAGGAAAAGAAGGAGAAGAAAUAGGAAUAACCAAAAUAAAAAGAACAAAAAGAAUAACCUAAAUAAAAAGAAUAACCAAAAUAGAAAGAAUAACCUAAAUAAGAAGAGGAUGAUGAGGCACCUAAAAAGAAAGAAGCAAAUCCACUUGAUUUAUUACCACCUUCAACUUUUAAUAUUGAUGAUUAUAAGAGAAUUUUCUUUGCAGAAAAAGAUAUUUAAAAAAAUAUUGAAACUCUUUUUGCAACAAUUGAUUUGAAUGGAUGGUCUUUAUGGUUGGUUAGAUAUAAUAAAUCAGAAAAUGAAGGAAAGUAAUUGAUUCUAACUAACAAUUUAAUGAAGGGAUUUAUUAAUUAAAGAUUAGAUUAAAAUUUCAGAAAGUAUGCAUUUGCCAUUCAUGGAGUAUAUGGUGAUGAACCAAAUCUUUAAUUAAGAGGAGCAUGGCUUUGGAGAGGAACUGAAGUUCCAAAAGAAUGGGUAAAUAAUAAAUAAUAUAUAAAAAUUAGAAAGAUCAUAUUGCUUAUGAUUAUCAUGAAUUCAUUAAAGUUGAUGUUAAUAAUGCUGCCUAAAAAUAAUUGUUUGUUGAUUAUUGGGUUAAAUAAGAAGAGGAUGUUUCAGAAGUUGAAGGUUUAAAGGCCAGAAGUUUAAUGUAUUUCAGAUGAG